CUCCAGGCUCGGACCCCCAGGUGACCAAUGAGAGCGUCCGCAGCAGGACCAGAUCCUCCAGACUCUGACUGACCUGUCCAGGGCCUUCCAGGACAUCGCUGACCGCUGUCUGCUGGUCCUCCACCUGGAGGUCAGAGUGCAUUGUUUCCACUACCUGAUCCCCCUGGCCAAGCAGGGGAACUAUGCCAUCGUGGCCAACGUGGAGAGCAUGGACUACGACCCCUUGGUGGUCAAACUCAACAAGGACAUCAGUGCCAUCGAGGAGGUGAUGGGUGCCGCGCUGCAGCAGCACAAGUUCCAGUACAUCUUUGAAGGUCUUGGCCACCUGAUCUCCUGUAUUCUGAUCAAUGGAGCCCAGUACUUUAAGAGGAUCAGUGAGUCUGGCAUCAAGAAGAUGUGUAGGAACAUCUUUGUCCUGCAGCAGAACCUCACCAACAUCACCAUGUCUAGAGAGGCCGACCUGGACUUCGCUAGGCAGUACUAUGAGAUGCUGUACAACGCUGCAGAUGAGCUGCUCAACCUGGUGGUGGACCAGGGCGUUCGUUACACAGAGCUGGAGUACAUCCACGCCCUCAGCCUGCUGCAGAGGAGCCAGACGGGCGUGGGAGACCUGAGCACGCAGAACGUCCGGCUGCAGCGCCUCAAGGAGAUCAUCUGCGAGCAGGCAGCCUUCAAGCAGGCCACCAAGGACAAGAAGAUCACUACUGUUUGAGAGGGGGGACAUUGGGAGGCUGUUGUUGGCAACGGUCUGUUUGCAUUACUGUCCAGUGUUUCUCAACCUCCUGUCUGGAAAAAGGGUUUAGAUUAAAGCUAGUAUUUUAGAGCUGACCUAGCAGUGUCAGCUAACCAUCUGAGGGACUGGUCAGCACCUCCACAGGGACGGGUGUUGAACUGGGUUUGUAAAAGUCCUAACUGAGUCUUCAUUAGAUCCUAUGGCAGACCGUAAAUAACCAUGUAAUAUGUUUUGGGGGUUGAGAUAAUGCUGGUAGGCUGUACAUUGAGUAGUUACUGAUUUAAGGUUUGAACUUAGUUACCAAUAUGCAUCUGUUGUUGUAACUCAUCAGCUUCUUCACUGGCAAGAAUGCAGCCAGUUCCUCAAGAAAUCACACACACACACUCUCCAAUUUAAAAAAUGACUCCCUUCAAUCAUCCCAUAUGUGGUCGGCCCUAGUCUCACCUGUGGAGAAUGGGGGAAUUAUCUGAGAGUCUGGCUUUGGGGCCUUUCUCAUCUCAUUGUCUUAUUACAUCUAACUGCUGCUCUCAAUUACAGCUCUCCCUCCAGCUCUCCCUCGUGGGCCCGCUGACUGUGUCUGCAAUACCAGAUGCCAGAUUAGACUGUCGAGAUUAUCACUUCUCUCCUCCUGCUUGUGGCCAUUUUGUGGCCAUUCUUCUUCCCCAAGGACAAAGAAAGAAAUUGAUUCCCCACCUCAGCUGUGGUUCACUCUAUUUUUCUCUCACUUUUAGAAUAAUGUAGAUUGGAUAUAAUGUAGCUAUAGCCGAUUCUGAUUAUAGUAUUUGCCACUGUCCUGAAAAAAUACGUUAACUGUGCUGCAGCGUUGAGGUGUGCAUGUGUGCUAGGGGAUGGGGGCCAAUGUAUCCAGUACAAUUUAAGUGUGUAUAUAGUCCCAACACUCAAGGUCUUGAACUUAAUAGGGAUGUAAUUGCAAAUCACUACUCCCCUUCCUACCACUAGAACUGCUAAAACUUCUGCUAAAACUAUUCUAAAGUGAAUACACUUGCAAGGAGUCACAAAUCAUUCCUUCCCCUGCAUCCCCUCAGUAUGUUUAGUUAAUUAACUCAGAGGAAAAGUACUUAACAAGAGCGGGGGAGGGAGGAAAGAGAACAGGGGAGAGUUGUGGCAGUGCUGCUCACCAGAACCCAGCGGAACCAUCCAUCAUAAUGACAUGUAGGCUGGGAUCAAUAUGAGCCUUGUGGUUGCCGGAGGGAUUGCCUAGUGCCAUAGGAACAGCAUUUGUUUUACUCAGCACACUCAAGACACACACGUACACGUACACACACACAAUAAACACGUCCUAUAUUACACACACACACUAUGGAGGUCUCUAUGGCUUGCAGUACUCUGCACAAGUGAGGAGUUUUUUUCUGCUGAUUCUGUGAACAAGAGAACACUCCAUCUGGAUUUAAAUGAUCUGGUAUAUCGGACCCCUAUACCCACAUUUUAAAUAAUGUAAAGAUCUACAAAAAUAUUUCACUUUUUUUUUUUUAAACGCUUUGCUUUAUUUGUUUGUUUAAGACAUGUCGUUUUGCACAUCUACAGUGUGUAAUAUGAGAGUGGUUUCAUGUCUGAUGAGUUUUUUCACAAACACCUGAUAAGAACGGAGGUUAAUGAGUCCCUGUGUGAUUUAAGGAUUAAUUUGAUCAUUUCUCCAUUGUCUGUUAAAAGUCCCUUUCAGACCAAUGCCUUGAAUAGCAAUCCUACACUGAAUUAAAGAUGACUUGCCAUCGUGUACACUGAUCUUGCUGAAAUAAAACAUCAACAUUCCUCUGUGUA